AUGGCGGGCGGGGCAGCCGGGGACCCGGUCCUGGGGACGGCGGCGGCCGCCGCGCCCGAGACUCGCGAGCAUCUCUUCAAGGUGCUGGUCAUCGGCGAGCUCGGCGUGGGCAAGACUAGCAUCAUCAAACGCUACGUCCACCAGCUCUUCUCCCAGCACUACCGGGCCACCAUCGGGGUGGACUUCGCCCUCAAGGUCCUCAACUGGGACAGCCGGACGCUGGUGCGCCUGCAGCUAUGGGACAUCGCCGGUAAGUGGCGGGCUGCGGCCUCCGUCGAGAGCCGGCGGCUAACUCAGGUAGCCACACGGAAAGGGACGUGGCUGGGUGGACCCCAGUGGGAUCACGACAACGGGCAGGAGCGGUUUGGCAACAUGACCCGAGUAUACUACAAAGAAGCUGUUGGUGCUUUUGUAGUCUUUGAUAUAUCGAGAGGUUCCACGUUUGAGGCCGUGUUAAAAUGGAAAAGUGAUCUGGAUAGUAAAGUCCAUCUUCCAAAUGGCAGCCCUAUUCCUGCUGUCCUCUUAGCUAAUAAAUGUGACCAGAAAAAGGAUGGUGGCCAGAAUCCUUCCCAGUUGGACCAGUUCUGCAAAGAACAUGGUUUCACUGGAUGGUUUGAAACCUCGGCAAAGGAUAAUAUAAACAUAGAUGAAGCCGCCCGGUUCCUAGUGGAAAAUAUUCUCACAAACCACCAAAGCUUUCCUAGUGAAGAAAACAACGAGGACAAAAUUAAACUGGAUCAGGAGACCUUGAGAGCAGAGGGCAAGUCCCAGUGUUGCUGACAUGGCUUCUGCUUCUGGCCUGUGUGCAGAGUGCAGCCUGACCGGUCUGGAUCCAAGCCCGAGAAUGGAUAAGGGGGCGGCUGUGCUGCUCUGUGAGUCUUCACAGGGCUGCACUUCAGACGAAUGCUCCAGUUUUUCUUCAGGUUGUGUAGAUCUUUCUCCUUGUACAGAGUGGCCGUGGUGGCACCCCCAGGGAGCCUACGCUGACACGGGGCGUGUGGUAAAGUGGUUCUGCCCGCGACCCCACACUUUAACGCAGGCACACUUAGGCCUCUGGGGUGGUCACCGUGAAUUCAGGAUAAUGUUUACGUCCUCUUUAACAUUUUUUAAAAAUGAUGGUCCUCAGGAUUUGGUAAGAUUUUCAAGUUGUGCCUUUUAGUGGAAGCACUGGGAUGGUCAUGAAACCUGACCUGAGGUCUUCCAGUAAUUUUAUGGGCCUGUGUUUUUAUCUCCACAUUACGUUCUCUCCAGGGAGGCUGUCAUCUCUGUUAGUCACAGAAGGCUGUUUUGCAGUUCUUUUCCUACUUAAAACUUUGAUCCUUCUAUAAAGUUGUUAUCAUCACACGUUAUGUCAUUAGUCCUGGCCAGCGUGGUGUGCCCUUGCUAACAACGCAGGUGCACUGGUGUCCUGGCUUCUGGUUGCUGCCAGUUGGAAACAAUCUAAAUGAACAUUCCUGCUUUCCUCUUCCUCCCGUGUGUUUGUUUUUGUACCUGAGAGCCUGGCUGCUAUUGCUGUUGGAGUUCUCUCUAACUGGAGCUAGUCUUUUCAAAUCUGUAUUAGUAACGGUAACAGAGAAGCUACUUGAAAGCAUAUACAAUUAAAUCUGAGAUUCUCUAAGUAUGAAUUGUGAAGGAAACUAGGUCAUGCGUAGUUUGUAUGUAAAGUUUUGGACAUUUAAAGUAAAACACAUGCGAAACUUAGGACAGCCUCGUGAUAUUUGUAUUACCAUUUAACCCAGUUAAGGAAAAGAAUAAAUAUUUUGGCUGAAA